AUCAAGCAGUGUGGACAUGUCAAAGCCCACGCUGGACCGGUCAGCAGAAUGCCUUGAAAUAAAGAAGCAGCAGUAAAGCUACUUUAAGGACACCCGUCGCUCUAAAUGUUGGAAUUAAUGCAAUGAAGAAAAUGGGGGACUUGGAAUCCGGUUUUGAGGAAAUGCAAGGUGUAAAGCUUGGCUAUUUGGUUAUCAAAGGCAAACAAAUGUUUGCCCUUUCUCAAGUCUUCACCGACCUCUUGAAAAAUAUUCCGCGGACUACUGUACACAAACGUAUGGACCAUUUAAACGUGAAGAAGCAUCACUGUGAUUUGGAGGAAUUGCGAAAGCUCAAAGCAAUACAUUCUAUAGCUUUCCAUGCAGCUAAAUGCACUCUGAUUUCAAGAGAGGACGUUGAGGCACUGUAUUUUUCAUGUAAAACUGAGCGGGUAUUGAAAUCAAACAAAAGAAGGGAAAAGAGAAAAAAAUCCUCAGAAAAAAUGUGCGAUGGCAAAAACCGCACCUCUGCCAGAAGUGACUUUUGGAGAGAGAAAGUUUGGUUGAGUUUGCAUGGCGUUCCUCAGACGUUCUCAUUCAAAAGUAAAGCUGCUCGACAGGACCCUGUCCCUCGCACUCACUCAGAUCUACCUCAAAUUUACAGUAAAUCCUUCGGCCGUGACUUCCAACCGGUCACGAAGUCGGCAUCUACACCCUUUAAAAACUAUGAAACAGAUCAAAUACCUGACAACUGUGUGGCUUUUAAUCAGAAACAUACGCUUUUUCGGCACGUUGUGAAUCGGCAACCGCUGCUCUAUCAGUCCGCCAUUGCAGCGCAGGCAAAGCACCAAGGCAACGCAGACCUACUUUACAAAAGGAAGAGGAAGCGCGAGAGCAGCGCCAGGCAGUUUUGGUCGAGGAGCAGACGAAGCCAUCCGGUUUUGGUCGUCCCAAAGUGCUGUAAACCAAAAGUUCCCAACGGAUCUUUGAGCCAGUUUCACCACCUCGAGCAUGGAUUGUACGUCGAUCCUCUGCACACUGGACAUUUUCAGGAAAGCUGCAGCAGCGACACGGAAUCUAGCUCCAUCUCAGAACGGGUGAACAACGAUUCGGAUUUCGGGUCGAGUUUCUCUACCACCAGCAACUCCGGGACUUCGGAGGAGGAGGACGACUCUCUGUCGGAUUCUUCAGAUGUCAGCAGCGAUGAAGAGAGCUCCUCUCAGUCUGAUUCGAGCUCUGUGUCCAGUCAAGUUUCAGUGCAGAGUAUUCGUUUCAGGCGUGCGAGGUUCUCAAGUCUCAACACAAAAGCACCUCUGCUCUUACAGCCAACUUUUCACUACAGGCCUAAUGUGCAGAACAUCCCCACUAACCACGGAGUAACGGCUACUUUGGAUUGUGAACGAACUGGCAAAACUCAGAAAUCGGACUUCACAUCGUCCAGGGACGCACACGAGGAUGGUGAUGCCGCAACAUUGCAGAAGUUCUGCCUGGUGCGGACAUGUUUCCCAGAUUUAAGACAAAACGAGGGCUCUGAAGCACCAUCACGCCUUGAAUUUUCAAAUGAUCCAAAGACAACAGACUGUGUCGCUAACAGAAUUAAAGAGACUGGGCUUACACCUAAUGCAAAUGGAAACAAUGCGUUUCCCCAACAAAGAAUACCGGGUUCUGCAAACAAAUGCUCCCAAGCCUUGAUCUCCCACUGUGUUCCGGACAAAGAAAUAACGGUUUGUAAGUCUUCUGACAGCAAUCUUUCAUUAGCAGCAAAUUCCAAGUGGGAAGCAAAAACUUCCCUCAAACUGCCUUCACUUCUAAAACCGAUCAAAACAGAGACCGAGGAGCCCAUUAGUACCUCAGGCUUUAACAAUGAGGGCAACAGGGCAGUAAAAACGUCACCAUUUUUACUCAGCAACGUGAAGAUUAAAGUCGAGGACACCUUUGACGAAUAUGAAUAUGCAAAUCAGCCUCCGGAAUAUCAAUGUAAGGAUAAUGACGCUGAUGAUCAGCGCAUCAGUAAUAAUUUAAAGGAAACUGACCACUAUAAAGCCACAGAGAGCGCCGUUCAAAAAAACCCUGUCUGUAACGAGGAAUCAAGAAGCACUUUAAACACUCCUUGUUCCGAGGAAGGGGAAUCCAAGAAUGGUGCAAGGGUCAGAAAAAACUACAGGCCGAUGCUUUUGGGUAAAAAAGCCGAAAGUGUGAGGACAUUCGCGAAAUCAGUUGCAAAAGUUGACCGGAGCCCCCGUGCUGCAGGAAAAUUCGCUAGCAGCGAGGGAUCAAAUGAAGACUGUGCGGGCGCGAGCAAACGCAAACGAGCGAGCCCCAGUGUAGCAUCUCUGAAAAAUCCCUUCAGACUCAUGGCGAAUUUUCCCUCUCCGCCGUCUCUUGUUAUUGGCAGCGAUGGAGAUUUGAGUACCGCUUACUCUUUGGACUCUUUAAGAAGUAACCAACUGCCUCAUCGUUCUCACCCAGUGUGGAGAUGGCAGCUCGGUCAUUCAGUUGUUCCUCCCACUCCAAGCCACAAAUUCAGGAAAGCCUCUGUUAUUCCGUGAACUGUUGUUUUGAGCUCGGGGGAAAUGUCUUAAAACCGUGACAAGCACUGAUUGCCAUUAGUUGUUUUGUUUUCAUUGUUGUUUUCAAUGUAAACGUUUUUGGCCUGUUGUUAUGUUGCACACACCGUCCGUCCUCAUAGCACAGGCGACAGGCUGGUCUAUCCAUCGAGGUUUGGGACUCGGGAAUAUAUGGAGGUAUUUAUAAUAAGCUGGUCUAGCAAAAAAAACAAACAAAAAAAAACAGUUGUUUUUAAAAUGACAAUACUGACAUCGUGGAGCUGUUUUUGACCUGAUGGACUAGACUCUCACGGAGCAAAUGUUGGCUCAUUUUGCAGGCACAUUUCAGUGUGAACUGAAAUUCUGAUUUUGUUUUUAAAACCUCUUACUUUGUCAGUAUA